AUGGAAGAGCAUUGGGCUGAUAUAGAAGAAGAGGAAGAAGAAGAGCUUGUGAUCGACGAAUACGACUGAUCAAAUCUUCCAGAUCACGCUUGUUGGUACUGUGGAAAUAACGACGAACGAACUGUAGUAAAAUGCAUAUAGUGCUUUCCCUUGAAUAGUCCGAUAACGGGAUGAAGCCAGCCCGUCAUCGGGCUAUUCAAGGGAAAGCCCUAUAUCUGACAAUUGCAAUAAGUGGUUCUGCAAUUCAUACGGAGGCAACAAAGCGGGUUCACAUAUAAUCGCCCAUCUGGUCAAAGCUCGACAUAAAGCAGUUUCUAUGCAUCCUGAGACGACUUUAGGCGACACUUCAAUAGAAUGCUAUGUUUGUGCAUCACGGAAUGUGUUUUUGCUAGGCUUUGUGCCAUCUCGCUCUGAAAAUAUACCAUUUUUAUUGAGUUUUUUACCAAAAAAAUAAUUAAAUAUAAGUUAAUUGGAUAGGGGAUACGUUGAUUUUUCUGUGUAGAGAGCCUUGUGCUAUGAGAAAUGUUAUCAGUGAAAAAGAAUGGGAUAUAAGUGCCUGGCAUCCUCUGAUUGAAGAAAAAAGAUUUUUACCUUGGAUUGUAAGUGUUCCUAGUGAAGAAGAAGACAAAAAGGCUAGGAAAUUAUCAAUAAAAGAAAUCACAAAAAUUGAAGAAGAUAUCAAAAGAGGACUGCAGCCUGCAGAAGCUCCAGCUGUCCAAGAAAACAUAUAUUGUUUUUUAAUUAAUAAAGCUUUUUUUAUAGAAAAAAUAAUAUUUUAUUGUAAAAAGGGAUAAAAAAAAUAAAAUUACACUACAAUUCUCCUAACUCCCCCCCCAUCCUUGAUCGAACGAUUUUCAUAUCAUGCAAAUUUUUAUAUAUAUAAAAAUAUAUUAGUUAUCAAAAGCUUGGGAAGAUGUACCUAAUGAAGUUGCUGUCAGAGCUUUGAGACGACAGAAAGCUGCGGAAUCAACCAUCCGAAGUGAUUUAGCCAUCAACCUAGGCUUAAAAACUCAAUAAUCUAAAAAAUAGAGAUUCUUUAAAAUUUAAAAAAAAAAAUUUAAUUCAGUAAGUAACAAAUUAAAAUUUAUACAGUUUAAAAGGGUAACUAAUAAACCAAAAUAUUAAAAAUUAAUAUUUUAUGAAAUUAAUCAAUUUUUUGUAGUAAAAAUAAAUUAUUAAAUACUCUUAACCCUCUUAUUUAAAAGUAAAUAAAAAAAAUAUAUAUAUUUUUUAUUUUAUAUAUAAAUUUUUUUUCCUGAAAAUUUUUUUUUUAACCCCCAUCCUUGAUCGAACGAUGGCGAGAGUCGUUCGAUCAAGGAUGGGAGGGGGAGUAAGGAGUAUCUAGAAAUAUAUGAUAAGCUGGUCAAGCUUGAAGCGGAGUAUGAUAGGGAUAUCAAAAGAAGUCAAAGAAAAACUGAUAUUUCUUUAAGAUGGGACAGAUCAGAUAGGCGGCCUUCAGCUAUUUUUAUUUUCACUAAAGAGGACUCCGAUAUAAGGCUUGUCCCUGGUGACGAAAUGAAGCUUACCCUGGACUCCGCUAAUUGGGAAGGGAUCGGCACUAUUACCAGAAUAUCUGAUUUUGAAGAAAUCGUCGUCCAAAUAACGUCCUGCUCUGCCCCGCCGCCCUCACAAACCUCAGGCUAUACCGUAGAAUUCGUCUGGAAGGCCACCACUUUUAAAAGGAUGAUAACAGGGCUUGAAUUAUUUUCAAAACGACAAAUAACUCAAUAUAUAAUGCAAAUAAUCCUUGGGAAACCUGCCCAAGCACCUAUGAUUAGGGUAAAACUGCCUCGAGAUCUAUCAGCCCCAAACCUCCCUCCAUUAAAUCACUACCAAGUAGAAGCUGUAAAAAAAGCUUUAUCAGCCCCUUUUAUGAUGAUCCAAGGCCCUCCAGGUACCGGCAAAACUGUCACCUCCGCCACCAUCGUCUACCACAUGGCCAUGCAGAAAACCGGGCAAGUCCUUGUAACCGCCCCUUCCAACAUCGCAGUCGACCAACUGACCGAAAAACUCCACAAAUGUGGCCUAAAAGUAGUCAGGCUCUGCGCCAAGUCCCGUGAGGCCAUUUCUUCUAGCAUUGACUUCUUGACCCUCCAUCAACAAGUAAGGGAGCUUGACGUCGGAGAAUUUUUGCCUUUAAAAGUCCUUCAGGACAAAAAAGAUAAACAAUUAAAUAUUUCCUCAGAAGAAGAAAAUGAGUACAGGCGGCUGAGAAAUAAAGCAGAACAAUUUUUACUGUCCAAGGCUGAGGUAAUUUGUUGUACCUGUUCAGGGUCAUUUGACCCUAGACUGAAGACGUUUUUGUUUACCCAAGUUUUGAUUGAUGAGGCGACUCAGGCGACUGAGCCUGAAUGCUUGUUGCCGAUUUUGACAGGGGCGACACAGGUGAUUAUGGUAGGAGACCAUUGUCAGCUUGGGCCAGUUGUGAUGUGUAAAAAAGCAGCCAGUGCAGGAUAUAAUAGGUCGCUGUUUGAAAGACUUGUACAUUUGGGGAAUAGGCCGUUUAGGCUGCAUAUACAGUAUAGGAUGCAUCCAGCGAUUUCGGAGUUUCCAAGUAAUACGUUUUAUGAAGGGUCAUUGCAGAAUGGAGUUUCUAUGCUAAAAAAUAAGAAUUUGCUUUAAGAUUUUUAAGGAAUUUUUAUAGUGAAAUUGAAAUAUAAUGGUAUAUAUCUGAUAGACAGAUUUCUGGGCUUGAUUUUCCAUGGCCUGUCCCAUCUAAACCAGUUUUUUUCUAUAAUACAAUAGGCCCUGAAGAAGUUUCGGCAUCAGGGACUUCUUAUUUAAACAGAACGGAAACUUCAAAUGUCGAAAAAAUUGUGACACAAUUUAUGAGAUCUGGGAUUCAAGCACAUCAGCUAGGGAUUAUUACACCUUAUGAAGGCCAACGAGCUUUUAUUACAGCUUAUAUGCAGAGUUUUGGGUCUUUAGGGCCUUCUCAUUAUAGAGAUAUUGAGAUUUCGUCUGUUGAUAGUUUUCAAGGGAGAGAAAAAGAUAUCUCUUUUAAUUAAUUUUAUGAGGCAAAGCUUAUAACUAUUAGCCUAUUUUAUAUAAAAAAUAAAUAAUGACUGGGAGAUUUUUUUGGCUUAUAAAUUGGAAAAAUUAUAUUAUUAUUUUGUCCUGUGUAAGGUCUAAUGAAAAUUUAUAGAAAAUUAUAGUAAAUAAUAAAUAUUUUUAUUUUUUUAAAAAAUAUAGAAAAUAUAGAAAAAGGAAUAGGAAUAGGGUUUUUGAACGACUCAAGAAGACUUAACGUUGCGCUGACUAGAGCAAGAUAUGGGCUUGUUAUCUGUGGUAAUGCGAAAAUUUUAGCAAAGCAAGAACUAUGAAAUAACUUGCUUAACCAUUACAAUGAUAAUGGGAUGCUUGUAGAAGGCCCACUAAACAACUUAAAACAGUGCCUGCUAAGACUUUCCCCACCCCAGAAGCUUACUUUUGAAACAGAAGCUCCUUACAUGGACAAUUUAGCAUCCCUCGGAAUAUUCGCAGCUCCUUCAGAAACACAAGGAUUUUUAGACAAUCUUUAG